AUGGACGGAGAAGAAGAAGCCCCGAAAAAAUACAAGGGCGGCUACCGUCAAAUCAACAAGUCCCUCAACAUCUGCGCGUUUGAGGACUACCUCGAAGCCCAGGUGUCCCGCCUGCCGGAUCUGCCCGACGUCGAGCAAAUUAGUCCCCGCGUGCUUCGUAUCCUGGGACAGAAUCCGGGCAAGUUCACCCUCCAAGGCACCAACACCUACCUCAUCGGCACUGGUCGCAGCCGCCUGCUCAUCGACACAGGCCAGGGCCUCCCCGAAUGGACCGCCUUACUCUCGCACACCCUCACAACCCUCAACAUCACCCUCUCCCAUGUCCUCCUGACCCACUGGCACGGCGAUCACACCGGCGGUGUGCCGGACCUGCUCCGCCUCUACCCUCAUCUCGCUAGCACUAGCCCCGGCGGCGGCGGCGGCAUCUACAAGCACACCCCCAACCGCGACCAACACCCGAUCGCGCACGGCCAAGUCUUCGCCGUCGAGGGCGCCACGGUGCGCGCUCUGCAUUCGCCCGGCCACGCGCCGGACCACAUGUGUUUUGUGGUCGAGGAGGACGGGGCCAUGUGUACGGGGGAUAACGUGCUGGGCCACGGCACGGCGGCGGUCGAGCACCUGGGCGAGUGGAUGCGCUCGCUGCGGGCGAUGCAGGCCGAUGCGGGUUCGGCUGUGGGCUACCCGGCGCAUGGGGCCGUGAUUCCGGAUUUGAGGGGUAAGAUCGAAGGGGAGUUGGCGGCGAAGCGGAAGAGGGAGGAGAGGGUGGUGAAGACGCUUAGGGGGGUGAGGGAUAACCAUGGUAUUAAUAGUCAUCAGGCCGGGGCUAAGGGAAGGGGGAGUGUCACGGUCAGGCAGCUUGUAGCGGCGGUGUAUGGAGCGGGGAUGGAUGAUCAGGUCAGGACGAUGGCGGUUGAGCCGUUUAUUGAGGAGGUGUUGAGGAAAUUGGCAGAGGAUGGCAAGGUGGCGUUUGAGGUCAAGGGCGGAGAGAAAAAGUGGUUCUUGAUUCAAGAGUAG